ACUGAUUCGAGCCAAUGCCUCCAACGGCCCAGCCUCUCGCAAAAAUUUUACGUCUGCUAAACGCUUUUACUGAGCAAAAUAAAAAUGAUCGUGGUUCCAUCGACAUCGUUUCUUCCCAUCCUGUCAAUUCUCAUCUUUGCGCAUGCAACCACCGGCUCUUUUGCUCAAGUCGUCCCGGAAUCCCUCGCCGGGGUGGCGGCACCACCGAACGUUCCGUCCUUAUCCGGAGAUGCGCCGUUGCCUGCUCUCGGAAAAAACGGCAACAACGCGGCUGCGAAUGUGGUGCACGUGCAGAAACCCCUGACCAAGUCCAUUGCCGACCAAGUGACUGAUCUGUUGAACCAGGUCGGACGACAGAAGGAGGCAAACGUAAUUUCCAAACUUCUGAACCGGGGGCUAGGGCCCAGCGCCGGAGAAGAACUGCAGGACCCGACAAAACAACUUGCUUCGCCGGAAAAUGGUGCUGAGACCGAGGAAGCUGCGCUUGCGAAUCUCCUCCCGGGAACUUCUACAAAGAAUCUCCCAUCCCGCGACUCAGUCGGUAAUCGCAUCAAGCACUGGCAGCCGCCGGAGGAAGCAGCGCCGCUUGCGGUCGAGGGAGCGCUGGCCGCGAUGCAGCGGAGGCAGUUGGAAAACGCGAAGGAAAAGGUCGACGCGGAGAAGAAGAAAGUUCGGGACCUACAGCUGAAGAAGGAAAAAAAAAGAAUCGAGAAGGAGUCUCUGCAGCGAAAAGUCAAAGCGUUGGAGGAAGAAUUGCAGCGGUUGACCGACCAGGAGAAGCGCGCGCAGAACACGCUGGAAAUGCGGGAAAAACACGCCCAGGGGAUCGAAAACCGAAUGAAGGAAUUGGAAGGGAUUUUGAACGAAUCACAACUCGCUUUCGAUCCAACGGAAGAAACACGAGCGGAAUCGAUCGCGGAAAAGCUCGGGAAUUCUAUCCCGACUGAGACCACAAACACAACUAGCGCAUCGUCGUCGGAAGAUUCUGAGCUGUGAUGGAUUUUUUUUUUCAAUUUUUUGACCGGAU